UCUCACUCCCCUCAACUGAGGAGGCCUUGGUCGCGGGGAAAUGACGUGGAGCGGCCUGGGCCGGUGUCUGCCGUGUAGGUUUGCCGGAGCCGGGCCCACGUGAAGCGGGUAGCGGGCGAGGGAGGACCGGGAAGGCCCUUCUGCGUGGCCGGGAUGAACCGAGCGGCGCAGCUUCACUUCAAGAUCAUAAUGCAGCAGAAAAAUGAAAGAACAUAGGAAAAGUUUACAGUGGAGAAGUCGGUUGCUGGCCGGUUGUCGAGGAUGGACUGUGGGAUUUUGGGGCCUGAGGCAAUAUUGCUUCCAAAGAAAGCAUCCUUCUAUCCUUAGAAGGAGGAGGCGGCGUACUUGGAGGUCCGUUAGUGUUAAAAGAACUAAAUUGUGCAGAAGGACGGCUCUUUGGGUCCAGAGAAGAGGGGCUCCAGUGGUGUCUCCAAAUGUAAACCUCUUGCAAAGUGCCCCUCUAGAAAACCACACCUCCAAGCAAAAGAGAGUGAAAAACUCUUCUUCUAGAUGCAGAAGCAGAGGACAGCUGUCAAGGGUCAAGGAGGUUUUCAAGAAAUUCAUUCAGAUCAAACUACUGAAUGAGCACAGCAGCACAAGGGUCGAUGUAGAGGCUUGCCGAGGCAAGCACAGUGGUGCUGAGGCCACUGUUACAGCCUUUCCGGUAAAGGAGGAUGGUCUAACGCAGAAUGGGAAAGAGCGUGGUAAUUAUGGGAGCCGUGAAAUUGUUGUUCUAAAUAACUCUCAGAGAAAACGGUGCUGCCGCCGCCGACAGCAAAAUGGAACCUCUCGCCUCUUGACUGUGAGGCGAAGGCCAACAUUUAAACAGUGUACUUUACUAAGAAGAUCCUUAUUUAUGAUGUAUAAGAAACUUUCUGUGAUUAAGUUUCGGGUUAGAAUCGCAAAAUCUCAUCGUAAGCUUUGGAGGGGCAACACCGGCAAGUUGAACAAAAGCAAACUGAGCUGGGUGGAGAAAGUCACCAGAGACCGGCAAGAGGACCUCCACCAAGGGACCUUCCCAGCUGGUUCUAGGACCUUGUCUCCCCCUUGGCAACCCAAAAGUCCCUCUCGCUGGGCCUUGCUCAGCUUAUCAGAUAUGAACAAUCACAUGCCAGGACCAUUAAUUGAAGAGAGUCAAACGCAUCGGACCGAUGCCUGUCUUACAGAGGAUACACUGUUGCAGUGUAGCGAGCUACUUACAAAGGACCUUGCCUCCAGAGGCCAAAAUGGUAUUGCUGAAACCUGCUUGCCAGGGCUUUGUGCAGCAGCUCCUUUUAAAGCAGAGGAUGUGCACAAAGAGGAUAAGGGGGAGGUGCCACCAUUGGACGGCUGCCCUGGCGAUAUUUUCAUCUCUGUAAUGGAGAAAGAGAUCUCUGUUGCAGGUCUAGAUGGUGAAGUGUCUAGUCAAGCUACAGGGGCUAGUGAGGUUGUUCUGGAACCUGCCAAGGUGGACCUGGGCCCAAAUGACAGCUUUGCCAAUGGACCUGCUCUUGUGGAGAUGGUGCAAAACGAAGACAGCCGCAGCCAAAUGGAAGUGGAAGGACCUGCAAAUCUGGACAUCUUUGGCGCAGAGCUCUUAGAUCACCCGUACUGUAAAAGCCCUCUUGAUGAGCCUCUGAGAGGAAUCACAGGACAAAAAUCAGGGACUCAAAAGAGUGGCAAAAGAAGCAAUCAGAGAGCUUCUUGCGUCAGUGAUGAGCAGUUGGCUGCAUGGCUCUGUGGAUUCCUAGAUGAAGUCAUGAAGAAAUACGGCAGUUUAGUUCCUCUCUGUGAAAAGGAUGUUAUGGGAAGAUUAAAGGAAAUCUUUAAUGAAGACUUUUCUUACCGAAAGCCAUUCAUCACUAAGGAAAUCAUGAAGUAUCAGACAAGGCAUCCCAAAUCUUCCACUUGCAAUUUCCGGGUCUUCUAUAAUAAGCACAUGCUGGAUAUGGAUGACCUAACAACGCUGGAUGGUCAGAACUGGCUAAAUGACCAGAUUAUCAACAUGUAUGGUGAGCUAAUAAUGGAUGCAGUCCCUGAAAAGGUUCAUUUCUUCAACAGCUUUUUUCAUAGACAGCUGGUAACCAAAGGCUAUAAUGGGGUAAAACGAUGGACAAAAAAGGUGGACCUCUUCAAGAAGACACUCUUGUUAAUUCCUAUUCAUCUGGAAGUCCACUGGUCCCUAAUUACUGUGAAUCUUCCUAACCGCUUUAUUUCAUUUUAUGACUCUCAAGGCAUUCAUUUUAAGUUCUGUGUCGAGAACAUACGGAAAUACUUGCUAACAGAAGCUAAAGAAAAGAAUCACCCUGAUUUCCUUCAGGGUUGGCAGACUGCUGUGACAAAGUGCAUUCCACAACAGAAAAACGACAGUGACUGUGGGGUUUUUGUACUCCAGUACUGCAAGUGCCUCGCCUUAGACCAGCCUUUUCAGUUCUCCCAGGAAGACAUGCCUCGAGUACGGAAAAGGAUUUACAAGGAGCUGUGUGAAUGCCGACUAAUAGACUGAUUGAAAAGUAAAACAGGGAGAAGGAGGAGCAAAAGAAGAGUUCCUGCUUCUGGCAUUUUUGACGAGCCCCUGCUGGUGUUUGUGUACUUGAAUUUUUUUUCUGAAAAACUUCCGUGAAUUUCAAACGCAAGUCUUGGUGGAGCGGUGUGGCCAACGUAAUUACCUCAACCUUUUUUUUUCCUGACUUGCUCCUUAACUGGUGGACCUGCCACAAAAUAAUCCCAGUGUCAGUUGUUUUUUUUUCUAAUGUUCUUUCCUGUAUUUAAUAUUUAUUAUCUUUAACGCAUGCGCAUAGGCAAAGCAUGUGACUAAAAGAGAGAAGUAUAAAACUGUAGAAUUGGUGCACCUUUGAAAUGUAGCUAGAAAUGACAAGAAUAAUACAGGUUAAGCGUUUUUUUUGUCUGAAAACAAAAUGUGCAUGAUCCAUUUUUCCUGAUGCAAUAAUGCUUUGAAUGUACAAAGAAAUCCCAAUGACAUAACAAGAGCAGCUAGAACACACUUUUUUCUUAAGAAAGAAAGAAAAGAAAGAAAGAAAGAAAACGAACGAACGAACUUUGGAUUAUUAUUCUAUCCAUAUUUUUGUCCCCCGUUUUUAUUUAGUUUGGAAGAAGACUGAUAUGUUGGAAAAUAACCUAUGUACAUAGGUUUGUGGAAAUCCAUUCUUUUUUUUAAAAGACCCAAUUAACUUCUAUGGCUACUAGAUCACCAUCUUCCUACGGUUCAAAAGCAAUCCAUUGUACAAGAGACUCUUUAGUGCUAAUAAAAUAUGGAGAUGCUCA